AUGAAGCGGAAGGCCGCGAAAAAUGUUCGUAAGCCGGCACCCAAGCUCUCGGCGUCGGAUACCGAGGUGCAGUUCUGGAACUGUCUAAAGAAGGGCGAUGUUGUGGGUCUUGAGGAGGUCCUGCUGGCCCGCACCGAGGACAAAGAGACCGGCGCCGGGACGCUGGCCGUCAAUCGCGAGCUGGCUGCUUUGCUUGUGAACCGGCCCAACUCAAGGAAGAUGCUUCCGCUCUCCUACGCCGUGAGGCAGCGGGUGGAUGAGGCAGGGCUGCACCUGCUGCUUCGCGCCGGCGCCAACGUGGACGCUGCCGAGGACUCUGCGGAGCGCUCCACCGCCCUCCAUGCGGCGUGCUGGGGGGAGGACGACGCCGCGGUGGCGCUGCUUUUGCGCUGCGGUGCAAACCCGCUGGUGACCGACGCCGAGGGUCGUACACCGCUGCAUGUCCUCGCCUCGCUAAAUGCUGCAGCGCUGUUUUCGUACGUCCUUGAGGCCGCUACCACGCACAACGCAGACCGAGAGGGAGGGCCUCUCGGCCUGGACGGUCGCUCUCCCGUUGUCGUGUCGGCGUUUGAGUUGCUUGCCGUGAAGGACCUGUCUCAGUUCACGGUGUUGCACACCGCUGUCUCGGAGAUCGACAACGGCUCCGAUGGCGUCUUGGUGGAGCUGUUGGAUUUCUUGACACAGAUGGCGAACACGGACCCAGCAGCGGUGGAGGCUCUCGUGAACGCGAAGGCGGGGGCGGAGUGCACGGCGCUGCAUUUGCUUCUCUCCUACCCGAGCCUCAACGAGGGCGCUCUGCUUCGAACUGUGGAGCGCCUGUUGCAGCUCGGCGCGAACCCCGCAGCGGUGGACGAGUGCGGCCACACCCCAUUCUCUGUUUUGCUUUUGGCCUACUCAGGCGCUACCGCGGCGGGUGUGCUGUCGCUGCUCCUGCAUGCGCUGCUAAAGCGGGGAGGAAAGAAGGGGAUAGAGGAGGCGUUUCUGCACCACAGCGUAGCGAACGGCUUCACGCUUAUUCACCACGCCAUCGCCACGCAAAACGUGGAUGCCGUAAAACUCAUGGUGGAGUUUCUUAACUCUGUGGAUGGGGCAGAGGAGGCAAAUUACGUUCGGCGGUGGCUGGGGGAAGUGCUCACAAAGGACGGGGUACAUGUGGCGUUUAUGUUGGCCGAGCGUGGAUGCGACGAAAUCGCCCAGGUCCUACUUCACGCCGGCGCGAUAGAUGAGGCGGCGUAUAACCGCUGCAAGGAGGACCGUGAGAAGGAAAAUGAGAGCCAAGCACGUGAACAGCGUGUCAAAGCGGAGGAGGCGCAGGGGGGCAGUGAUGGGAAUGAUGCUCCUUGUUCCGAAAAAAACACUGGGGACUAUUCGGGUUUUGGGACCACCGCUCAUGUGGGUUCACGCGUUCAGCAGGCACGGAAGGCGAGAGCCCAUGCAGCGACUCAUAGGAGAAGGCAGACACAACACCCCGUCGAUCGCGGAAACACGGAAGGGUUUGCGGUGAACUGGAACUCCAAGUUCUUCUGGCUCCUUCUGGCGGUGACGCUGCUCCUCGCCUCGCUCGUGCUGCGAAGCUACUCCGUUAUGAGAGGCGCAAUGAAGACCACGUGA